CCUCUGCUUUCCAUCAGUGGGAAGAGAAGACAGACUAAGCAAACCUCGUCAUGAACUGGGCAUUCCUCCAGGGCCUCCUCAGUGGCGUGAACAAAUAUUCCACAGCCUUUGGGCGAGUGUGGCUCUCUAUUGUUUUCCUCUUCCGAGUAUUGGUGUUUGUGGUGGCGGCAGAGAAGGUAUGGGGUGAUGAACAGAAAGACUUCAAAUGCAACACAGCUCAGCCCGGGUGCCACAACGUCUGCUUUGACCACUUCUUCCCUGUCUCACACGUUCGACUGUGGGCCCUUCAGCUCAUCUUCGUCACCUGCCCCUCGCUCCUGGUGGUGAUGCAUGUAGCCUACAGGGAGGACAGGGAACGUAAGAACAAGCUCAAGCAUGGCGAAAACUGCCGCAGUCUCUACCUGAACACUGGCAAGAAGCGUGGAGGCCUGUGGUGGACCUACAUCUGCAGUCUCAUCUUCAAAAUAGGUGUGGACACCACCUUUGUCUACCUCGUGUACCACAUCUAUGAGGGCUAUGACUUCCCCAGCCUCAUCAAGUGUACGCAGCAGCCCUGUCCCAACACGGUGGACUGCUUCAUCGCUAGACCCACUGAGAAAAGAAUCUUCACCCUCUUCAUGGUGGUCACCAGUUUGGUCUGCAUCGUACUCUCUAUUUUGGAAAUCCUCUACCUGGUUUGCAAACGCUGCUAUGAAUGCUCCUUGUCAGUCCAUGACUCUCAUCGGUCCGUGCCUGACACACUUUCCGCUGGAAGUGCCUUGGUGGAGGCGAACGGUAUAAGGCUGAUGAGCAAAAACCCUGAAACGCCUGCACCCUCAUAUGCCAUAUGUUCAGUUACUGACACAAACGGCAAGGGCUAUAUGGGAAAAAAGACAUGAGAAAGGAAAGAAGCCUCUGCUUCCUCCACAGACAUUUCCUAAAAAGUGGCAGCAUAUGCUGACUACUCGGAGACUGGACUACAGUGAAGUUAGUUCCUUGUGAUUUCUGUGAACACAGAAAAGACUCUGAACUGCAACACAUAUGUGUCAUGUGUUACCGGUCUGGAAUGCACUUAUCGUCGUGGAUUUGGGUCAGAACAUUUACAGAGGGUUUUACAGAUGAGGUUCUGUAACCGUUGCAAAGUGGGGAGAAAAAAAACUAAACUAAAAUAAAAUGAAUAAGUAAAAGCACAUUUGUGUGGUCCAGUGUUAGCCUUGAGAUCAAUUACAUGAGUCACUCCAUGGUUGGAGAGUAUGAACACAUGUGGUUUUCUGAGUAAGAUUUUCCCUCUGCUCAGUGCCCAGCCUCAGAAUGUUUACUUCAGACUCCACUCUUUUCCCUUCACUCACAUCUGACUCUCUGUACAUACUGUACUUUACAUAAUAUAUCAAAAAUUUGAAACCCUGUGCUGUUGUGUGUGCUACUGUGCUUAUUUGUCAUUCUGUAUACAGGUAGUAGAGAGCAAUGGAAUUUUGUAAACAGUUGUUACAAUCAGGGUUUGUGUGUUUCACAGCGCUGAGGUGCAGCAGGGCUUCAU